UCUCUGUCUCUUGUCCAGUUGUCUCUGCCUCUCUCUCUCUCUCUCUCUCUCUGUCUUUCUCAUAGAAGACCAUCCAAACCCUAGAAACCCUUUCCUGGAGGCACAUUAUCAUUCACAGAAGCUUGACUUUGAUUUCGGGAAUGAGAUUGAUAGCUUUUUUAAUGGGGCGAGGCUAAACACUCUGCUUGGUCAUUCUCGACACGGGAAAACAACUUAAACGGCAAUGGAGGAAGAAGCAAAGGGGGAAAAUGUUAUGUCUGUGGAGCUUGCAAUCCAAAGAGAGCUGGCUUAUAGAAGGAAGUUAGCAAGCUUCCGUUCACGCUCAAAUCGCUAUAUGGAACAACUAAUGCCUUUCCAAGUGCCCUCUCUAAACCCAGGUGAAACAACAAGACCAAGGCCUAUGCCAAGUUCAAUAUCAGGCUCAAGUGUGGGUCUGAUUCCAGCUUUAUCUUAUCAAGUGCAAGCGUCAAGUUCCAAUCCAGGUCCAUUGCUUACACCAAACCAGUUUCCAUGUCCAAACCCGGGACCGCGUUCAAUGCCAGUUCCAAGCCAGGGUCUGGUUCCUUGUGUGUCACCUUCAAAUUCACACCCAACCCAAAUGCCAUUUCUAGCACCAAGGCAGAUUCCAAGUCCUAGGUCAUUGGCAAGGCCUAGUUCCAGGUCACUGAGUUCUAGGUCAUUGGUGAGGCCUAGUCUGAUUCCUAGGCCAUUUUUGCCUGGGAUUAAGAGGAAAGCAACUACUAGCAACCUCCAAUACCGGCCACCUAAGCAGCCACAACCUUCUAACAACAAUUUCGUAACUGUAGAUCCACUGGGCAAUUUCUUCUGCAAGGCUUGCCAAGUGCCCUGCUCUGGCCCUGACUGUCUCAAACAACACUUGAAAGGGCACAAACACAAGGCUAAAAUGCAGUGCUUGCAAAUGAGCAAGAGAGAAGGGCGAGGGAAAGAAGGCGCUCUGCAUUGUGAACUUUGCCAAAUUUGGUGCACAGACGGAGAUGCACUUGAAAUGCACUUGAAGGGUAAAAGUCAUCAGGCUAAAGUGCAAGAGUUGGAGUAUGGUAGGGAAGGGAAAGAGUUGCGACCACGGUGUGAAUUAUGCCAAAUUUGGUGCAUGAAUGAAGACGCGUUUCAGCAACAUCUCAAGGGGAAAAAUCACAUUACUCGCCUCUAUGCUGUUGGGGGAAUAAGGGUCAACAGGUAGAGGCUGCAGUGAUGAAUCUGAAGAUGGUAGAUGGUAUGAAGUAUGCUUCCCAUGCCAGGAAAAAGAAAAUUUAACAUGACUGAAUUAAAUGGAUGUUCAAUUAGAUGGUAUACAUCCUUACGCUCCCAUUCCCUGGAAAUUGUGAAUAUAAGAACGUAUUUCCUUUUGCAAUGCACAAAAACUGCGUAUUAGGAAUGUAUGAUAUUUCCUUUAGACAUGCUCUGCCGAUUCUCUUGCUCGUGCUUGAAAAUUGCUGUAUAUGCUUUAUUGUUCAGAAUCUAUGAUUUCCGUCCUCAAGAAUUUUCUUUUGAUCGGCAA